GCCCCCUCCACGACCCGAGCGCCCGCUCGCGCGGCUCCCACAAUGCACCGCACAAUGGCCCGACCGCCGCCACUACCGGGGCCUGAGCGGGCCUGGCGGAGCCCGAGCGCGGCCCGGCCCGCAGCGCGGGGCCCCGAGCGCGGUGAAGAGAUUGUUUUCUGAAAGCUGCGUUGGAGGCUGUGACAGAGCUGAGAGACUGUGUGGAGCAGAUGGAGAGGCUUUCUCAAUAACAUGGCCCUUUGCCAUUAGCCUUGCCAUGACCACAUUUUUCACCAGCGUCCCCCCCUGGAUUCAAGAUGCAAAGCAGGAGGAGGAAGUGGGCUGGAAACUAGUUCCCAGGCCUCGGGGCCGGGAGGCGGAGAGUCAAGUGAAGUGCCAAUGUGAAAUUUCGGGGACACCUUUCUCAAAUGGGGAGAAGCUGAGGCCUCACACCCUUCCACAACCAGAGCAGAGACCGUAUAGCUGCCCUCAGCUGCACUGUGGCAAGGCUUUUGCUUCCAAAUACAAGCUGUAUAGGCACAUGGCCACCCACUCAGCCCAGAAACCCCACCAGUGUAUGUACUGUGAUAAGAUGUUUCACCGCAAGGACCAUCUGCGGAACCAUCUGCAGACCCAUGACCCUAACAAAGAGGCCCUCCACUGCUCUGAGUGCGGUAAGAAUUACAAUACAAAGCUGGGCUACCGGCGCCACCUGGCCAUGCAUGCUGCCAGCAGCGGUGACCUCAGCUGCAAGGUGUGCCUGCAGACCUUUGAGAGUACCCAGGCCCUGCUAGAGCACCUGAAGGCCCACUCACGCCGGGUAGCAGGCGGUGCCAAGGAGAAGAAGCACCCCUGUGACCACUGCGACCGGCGGUUCUAUACUCGUAAGGAUGUACGGCGGCACCUUGUGGUGCACACAGGCCGUAAGGACUUCCUGUGCCAGUACUGUGCCCAGCGGUUUGGCCGUAAGGACCACUUGACGCGUCAUGUCAAGAAGAGCCACUCGCAGGAGCUGCUCAAGAUCAAGACAGAGCCCGUGGACAUGUUAGGCCUACUCAGCUGCAGCUCCACAGUCAGUGUGAAGGAAGAGCUGAGCCCUGUGCUGUGCAUGGCCUCUCGGGACGUAAUGGGGACCAAGGCCUUCCCUGGCAUGUUGCCCAUGGGCAUGUAUGGUGCCCACAUCCCUACCAUGCCCAGCACGGGCAUGCCACACUCCUUGGUGCACAACACGCUGCCCAUGGGUAUGAGCUACCCUCUGGAAUCCUCACCUAUCUCUUCCCCAGCUCAGCUCCCUCCAAAAUACCAGCUUGGAUCUACCUCAUACUUGCCCGACAAAUUGCCCAAAGUGGAGGUGGAUAGUUUUCUGGCGGAGCUUCCUGGAAGCCUGUCUCUCUCAUCCGCUGAACCCCAGCCCGCCUCACCUCAGCCGGCGGCAGCUGCGGCCCUCCUAGAUGAAGCACUGCUUGCCAAGAGCCCCGCCAACCUCUCUGAGGCCCUCUGCGCUGCUAAUGUGGACUUCUCCCACCUACUGGGCUUUCUUCCACUCAACCUGCCCCCGUGUAACCCACCUGGGGCCACAGGAGGCCUGGUCAUGGGCUACUCCCAGGCCGAGGCACAGCCCCUGCUCACCACUUUGCAAGCUCAGCCUCAAGAUUCCCCAGGAGCUGGGGGACCACUGAACUUUGGGCCUCUGCACUCCUUGCCUCCUGUCUUCACGUCUGGCCUGAGUAGCACCACCCUGCCUCGUUUCCACCAAGCAUUCCAGUAGCCCCCACAGAGGCCCUCAGCUCAGUUUUUGGCUCUGUUAGGGAGCCUUAGUACCCACCCCGUCCGUGUCCCCCGUGAAGGCAGCUGAGCUUUCAGAGCUGGGUUCAAAAAAAAUUCCAGUGUCUGUAUGGAGCACUUGGUUUGCGGGUUCAGGCUCCAGGAUCAAUUCCAGAAGGAGCCUUGAGCCCCAACCCUGUGAAAAGAUCUCAUACCGUAGGACUUCAGGUAUUUUUUACUUUUAUUUUUUUGACCUGAAUCGGGAGCCACACUUAGCCCUCUUUCUCUCCAAAGCGCCAGAACCUCCUCCUCUUUGGAGAAUGGGGAGGCCUCUUGGAGACACAGAGGGUUUCACCUUGGAUGACCUCAAGAGAAAUUGCCCAAGAAGUCCGCCUUCUGGUCCCAACCUCUAGACCCCACAGCAGUCAGUUGGUCAGGCCCUGCUGUAGAAGGUCACUUGGCUCCAUGGCCUGCUUCCAACCAAUGGGCAGGAGAGAAGGCCUUUAUUUCCCACCCACCCAUGCAUCCUGUACCAGCACCUCCAUUUUCAGUCAGUGUUGUCCAGCAACGGUACCGUUUACACAGUCGCCUCAGACACACCAUUUCACCUCCCUUGCCAAGCUGUUAGCCUUAGAAUGAUUGCAGUGAACACUGUUUACACACCGUGAAUCCAUUCCCAUCAGUCCGUUCCAGUUGGCACCAGCCUGAACCAUUUGGUACCUGGUGUUAACUGGAAUCCUGUUUACAAGGCGGAGUCGGGUCUUGCUGACUUCUCUUCACUUGAGGUCACAUUUUUCCCCCGUGGGGAAAUAAACUGAGUUUGGACUGCU